UGCAUGUUUGGUUGAUUAUCCGGAUUUUCUUGGAUAUAAAACAGACUCGUCGUGGCUGUUAAUCUCGUCACUGUCCUUGUUUUGGGUUCCCGCGAAAUUACGAAGCUCCACGAACCAGAUCGCCGGAAAAUCUUCCACUCCACGGAUUUCUAGUCUUGCAAGAACAUGAGUAGCUUGGUUGAGAGGCUUCGUGUAAGAUCAGAGCGCAAGCCAAUUUAUAAUUUGGAUGAUUCUGAUGAUGAUGCUGAUUUUUUGCCGAGAAAACCUGGGACUACUCAGGAAACAUUUGAGAGGAUAGAUAGAAGUGAUGCAAAAGAAAAUUUGUGUCAAGCCUGUGGAGAAAGUGACAAUCUUCUGAACUGUGAUACAUGCACUUAUUCUUACCAUCCCAAGUGUUUAGUUCCACCAAUUAAAGGUCCCAUUCCAGACAACUGGAGGUGCCCUGAAUGUGUUAGCCCACUCAAUGAUAUUGAUAAAAUAUUAGAUUGUGAGAUGCGCCCUACUGUAGCUGCUGAUGAUGAUGCCACAAAUUUAGGAUCAAAGCAAAUAUUUGUGAAACAAUACCUUGUUAAGUGGAAGGGACUCUCGUACUUGCACUGCACAUGGGUUCCAGAGAAAGAGUUUGUGAAAGCUUUCAAGGCUUAUCCCCGUUUAAGGACCAAAGUGAAUAAUUUCCAUCGUCAAAUGGCAUCUGUCAAUACUUCUGAUGAAGACUUUGUUGCCAUUCGACCUGAGUGGACUACAGUUGAUCGAAUACUUGCUUGCAGGGGUGUUGAUGAUGAGAAGGAAUAUCUUGUGAAAUGGAAAGAGCUUCCAUAUGAUGAAUGCUAUUGGGAGUUUGAGACAGAUAUUUCAGCAUUUCAACCAGAAAUAGAAAGAUUCAAUAAAUUCCGGUCUAGAUCCAGCAAACUUGCCUCCAUGAAGCAAAGAAGCAGUAUUAAGGAUGAUGUUGAAUUGAAGAAACAGCAGAAGGAAUUUCAACAGUUUGAACAUAGCCCUGAGUUUCUUUCAGGCGGUACGCUACAUCCGUAUCAGCUAGAAGGCUUGAACUUCUUGCGGUUCUCUUGGUCCAAGCAAACUCAUGUUAUACUGGCUGAUGAAAUGGGGCUUGGCAAAACCAUACAAAGUAUUGCAUUCUUAGCAUCUCUUUUUGAAGAGGGUGUUUAUCCACAUUUGGUGGUUGCUCCACUUUCGACAUUGCGGAACUGGGAACGUGAAUUUGCAACAUGGGCACCUCACAUGAAUGUCGUUAUGUAUGUUGGAUCUGCCCAAGCCCGUUCUAUCAUAAGAGAGUAUGAAUUUUACUUCCCAAAGAAACAGAAGAUCAAGAAAAAGAAAUCUAGUCAUAUAAGUAGCGAAAGCAAGCAAGAUAGGAUUAAGUUUGAUGUCCUUUUGACUUCAUAUGAGAUGAUCAACUAUGACACAGUAUCACUGAAAGCUAUAAAAUGGGAGUGCAUGAUAGUUGAUGAAGGACACCGUCUGAAAAAUAAGGAUUCAAAAUUAUUUUCUUCAUUGAAGCAAUAUUCUAGCAGACAUCGAGUGCUCUUAACUGGGACUCCUCUUCAGAACAACCUUGACGAACUUUUUAUGCUUAUGCACUUCCUUGAUGCUGGGAAGUUUGGAAGUUUAGAGGAGUUCCAGGAAGAGUUUAAGGAUAUCAAUCAAGAGGAACAAAUUUCAAGGCUUCAUAAAAUGUUGGCCCCUCAUCUGCUACGAAGAGUAAAGAAAGAUGUCAUGAAGGAAUUACCUCCUAAAAAGGAGCUUAUUUUACGUGUGGAUUUGAGCAGCAAACAGAAAGAAUACUAUAAGGCAAUUUUAACCCGUAAUUAUCAGAUUUUAACUCGUCGUGGUGGUGCACAAAUUUCUCUUAUCAAUGUUGUUAUGGAACUUCGUAAACUCUGUUGUCACCCGUACAUGCUAGAGGGAGUUGAACCAGAAAUUGACGAUCCAAAAGAGGCAUUCAGACAACUUCUGGAAACAUCGGGGAAGUUGCAAUUGGUGGACAAGAUGAUGGUGAAGCUUAAAGAACAAGGACAUAGAGUCCUCAUAUAUUCCCAAUUUCAACACAUGCUGGACUUGCUUGAAGAUUACUGUUCUUACAAGAAUUGGCAGUAUGAACGGAUAGAUGGCAAAGUUGGUGGAGCUGAAAGACAAGUAAGGAUAGAUCGUUUUAAUGCGAAAAAUUCUUCAAGAUUUUGCUUUCUUCUCUCUACUAGAGCUGGUGGAUUGGGGAUAAACCUUGCAACUGCUGACACGGUUAUUAUAUAUGACAGUGAUUGGAAUCCUCAUGCUGACUUACAAGCUAUGGCUAGAGCUCAUCGUCUUGGACAAACUAACAAGGUGCUGAUUUAUAGGCUUAUAACACGAGGAACCAUUGAAGAAAGGAUGAUGCAGAUGACAAAGAAGAAAAUGGUGUUGGAGCACCUGGUUGUAGGGAGGUUAAAGGCUCAAAACAUCAACCAGGAAGAAUUGGAUGACAUCAUAAGGUAUGGGUCAAAGGAGUUAUUUGCUGAUGAAAAUGAUGAAGCAGGAAAAUCUCGCCAGAUCCAUUAUGAUGCUGCUGCUAUUGAUAGAUUGCUGAAUCGUGAUCAAGCUGGAGAUGAAGAGGCUACCGUGGAUGAUGAAGAUGAUGAUGGGUUUUUGAAGAAUUUUAAGGUGGCAAAUUUUGAGUAUAUUGAUGAAAUUGAGGCUGCAGCAGAGGAGGCCGCACAAAAACGUGCAAUGGAGACUAUGAACAAUUCAGAAAGAGCACAUUACUGGGAGGAGUUGUUAAAAGAUAAAUAUCAAGAGCAUAAAGUUGAGGAGUUUAGUGCAUUGGGCAAAGGGAAGCGAAACCGCAAGCUGAUGGUAUCUGUAGAGGAGGAUGACCUUGCCGGCCUGGAAGAUGUAAGUUCUGAUGGUGAAGAUGACAACUAUGAAGCAGAGCUUACCGAUGGUGAAUCAAAUUCAGCCGGUGCUACUACUGUUAGAAGGCCUUAUAAAAAGAAAAUUCGAGCUGAUAGCGGUGAGCCACUUCCUCUGAUGGAAGGUGAAGGGAAAUCGUUCAGAGUACUUGGUUUCAAUCAAAAUCAGAGGGCUGCAUUUGUGCAAAUUUUGAUGAGGUUUGGGGUUGGUGAAUUCGAUUGGAAGGAGUUUACUUCCCGCAUGAAACAGAAGACUUACCAAGAAAUCAAAGAUUAUGGAACUCUUUUCUUGUCUCAUAUUGCUGAAGAUAUUACUGAUUCAUCUACAUUCAGUGAUGGUGUUCCCAAAGAGGGACUGCGAAUACAAGAUGUACUUGUAAGGAUUGCACUUUUGCUCCUGAUAAGGGACAAAGUAAAGUCUGCAUCACGAAACCUUGGAACGCCACUGUUUUCGGAUGACAUCUUACUACGCUAUCCAGGACUGAAGGGUGGAAAGAUAUGGAAGGAGGAGCAUGAUUUAGUUUUAUUACGAGCUGUAUUGAAGCAUGGGUACGGGAAAUGGCAGUCUAUUGUUGACGAUAAGGAUAUCAGAAUUCAGGAGCUUAUCUGUCAGGAGUUGAAUCUUCCUAUCAUAAAUUUACCAGUAGCAGGGCAACUUGGUUCGCAGCUGCAAAAUGGCACGAAUUUGUUAAAUACAGAAGUUCCCAACAACCAAUCCAGGGAAAAUGGUGGGACGGAUGUUACAGCUGAUGCUGCACAAGGUUCCGGUGAAGCUAAGAACCAAACACAGUUAUAUCAAGACUCCAACAUAUUUUAUCAUUUUAGAGACAUGCAGAGGAGACAGGUUGAGUUCAUAAAAAAGAGGGUGCUUCUCUUGGAAAAGGGUCUCAAUGCUGAGUACCAGAAAGAAUACUUUGGUGAUCCAAAAGCAAAUGAAGUGGCAACUGAAGAACCUAAAAGUGAACCCAAGGCUACAAACUUUCCAAGCUAUAAAUUAGGGGACACCGACACCCAGAUGACUGAUCAACUGCCUCGACUAAAAGCAAUAACUGCAGAGGAAACUUCACUUGCUUGUGAUAAUGAUCCAAAUCGAUCAGAAUUGGUUCACCUUUACAAUAAGAUGUGCAAGGUAGUGGAGGAAAACCCCAUUGACAGAGUUAGAGCAUCCUUGGCUCGAGAAUCAGCUGAUGUGAAUGUUACGAAGAAUUUUCCGCCACUGGAAACCAUUUGUGAAGAUAUGCACAGAAUUUUAACACCCACACAACCAGAUCAAACCGCCACUGACAAGUCAAAAUUGCAUUCAGAUGACUGCAAAGUGGAUAACACUGUUGACAAUGAGAGUAGAGAUAUGGAAAUAGAAUUAGAUUCUGCAAAAGAAGGCCGCACAAACCUGGGAAAGGAGAAUGGUCAGUCCCCAAUUCUUCCGGGGAAGCAGGAUGAUAUAGAAAUGGAUGAAAGUAAGAUUGACGGGUUGAAUGAUAACACAGAAAAAUCUGAUGCUGGGGUCGUUGUAUUGGAAGAUUAGUUGCAAUGCCUCUAGUCGGAUAUUGUUGUACCUUGUAACACUCUUCAUCAACAUUAUUAAACUCCUUACAAAUGAAAUAGAUUUAAAACA